GACGUUCGCUUUGGACAUCAUCCGCUCGUUCCCUCCGCGCAUCUUUAACCUAACCACUACACCACUACUUGAAGAAAAGAGAAAAAUAAUAAAAAGGAGACCGUCUUUCAAAUUUUUUUGGUUGGAAAUUAAUUUUUAAGGGAAAUAUUUGGUAUCUUUGCAGGGAUUGCUUCAUCUUCUCAAUAUCAUAAUUUGCCUUUGGCAGGCAUAGUACGUUGUUAUUCUAGAAUUUUAGGUACAAAUGCAUAAGUCAGCUUCUGAUGGCAUGAAGUUUUCAUCAAUGAGCUCUUCAAACAUGGAUACUGGUUCGCUCGACAUGUCAGAAUUGAAAAACGACUUGGACAAUUUGCUUGAAUCUUCUUUAGAGAGUAGCGGAGUAGGUGCUAACUCUUCUUCGACAUCUCCAUUUUAUGAUGCAUCCAAUUCCGAGAAAGUUUUUCCGGGCAGUAAAAAUAAUAAUCUACAUAGACUAAAAAAUAAUACUUUACUCUCGGGAACAAAUUCGCAAUUUAAAGAUUUGUCAAAUGAGCUUUGGCCUGGUCUUGGUACAGGAUCUGCUUCCAAGCAUGAACUUACAAACGUUGAACGACACAGGAGCUCAUCUUUGUCAGCGUAUGAUGAACCCGCUAAGACGGUUCCUAAAUUGGCGGUUCCUCAAUCUGCUUCUUUGGCCGUCUCUCCUCCUACGAACAGGACUCGUACAUCUUCUCUUUCUUCUUCUACCAAAUACGAUCCUUCGAUUCCAUGGACUUCUAAUCUUUCAGGAGCUCCUCCCUCAACAGCUUCCUCUUUGAAACAGCCAGUUUCAUCUAUGUAUAUACGUCCAUCUACGGAUACACAGUCUACAUCCGAGCCUAAUGGGCAGAGAUCUUCAUCAAACAGUGGAACAGCUAUACCGAGUUCUGCUGCUUCUGAAAUUAUCUCAAACAAAGAUCCGGUUAUUAGUAUGAAUUCGUCUGAAAACUCAAAUGCCCAGGCAAUAAAUAAGCGCUCCAAAGGCUCCAAUCGGUUACGCUCAUACACACUGCCUUGGAAUCCGCGUGCCUUUAAUUCCACUGGUGGUUUUAUGGCUCCUUCUGUCGCUCAAAACAGUGCUCUUCCUUCUUCGUCUUUGAGCCCAAAUCAAUAUAAUUCAUACAAUCAACAGUUUUCAUCAGUCCCUGUUGACACAGGUUUGUCUGCGGAUUCCGGAAUGAACUCUUCUGCCUUACCAUACUUAAAUCAUGGAGGUUUGGAUCAACUAAAUCCUACGCAGGUAUGGUCAUCCGAUUUGUCUCAUUUAUCGCAUAGUUUGCGUGCAAGCCGUCCUGCUUAUGCUCCUGCGGGUAACCCAAUUAAUGACCACUUAGAAUUAGGUAAUGGUUUGAAGCAUGUUGGUCACAAUGCUGAACGUUUAGACCCGUCUUUGGAUUCCCAUUUUGGUUUGGCUGAUGCGCACAAUAAUUUUCACUCUAAAAAUUUGCAAAGCGGUUUUUCGUAUCAAAGACCUCAGGCUUAUGGUUUAAGCAAUCCUCUAUUUAAUCCACAGAGUUCGAUGGCUCUUAAAGGUUUAUCAUUUGAAUCGCCAGAACGACAUGGUGGUAUGGACGUUGUUCCAGAGCUUCCACCUGUGAGUUCAUUAAGUUCAAGGUCUCAGACUAUGCUAAAUUCACGCCGUAGAUCACAGUCUUUAUCAUCCACUCUUACACAUCCUCCUGCGACGGCUUUAGCAUCGAUCGGAGGAAUGGUUGAACCCGUUGAGCGCGGUUCGCCGAGAGCUAGAGGAUCGCCUUCUUACAAUCCUUCUUUUAUGACUAAUGCUCCCUCACCUCUUAGUACGAGUACCAGCAGUAUUAGAACCUCAACGCCUGAUGCAAGUAGCACUGGUGUCAGUAAUAUAGGGAUGUCGAAAAGCGGAUCUGACAUUAAUACUUCAGGUUGGAGUGGUGUAGGCGAUGCCACCAUUGGAAAUCUUACUCAGUCAGAACCUACACAUGCUUUGUGGGUUGGUAAUCUUCCUGCGGGCAUCUCUUCGGAUACGGUUGUUGCAACUUUUGCUUCUCAUGGCAGCGUCAUUAAUAUAAGAAUGCUUUCUCAUAAACAUUCCGCUUUUAUUAAUUUCGAUAGCGUCAAUACCGCCAAGUAUAUUUUGGAAGAGUUAAAUGGAAAAUGUAUUUUUUUGGAUUCUAACCCCAUAUGUAUGGGAUUUGCCAAGGUUUCAUCUUCAAGUACUGAAAAUGCACAUUCAACCGUGGAUGGGUUGAACAAGGCUUUUUCUAACGUGUCAUUUGUUACCUCAUUACGAGAAGUUUAUGAUGAUAUUAUUGGGGUUAUAAAAUCGUUUGGGUUUGAUGAUCUUUCUAAUAUACAGCCUAUUUUAGAUAUUGCUUGUGACUUGACUGAAUUUACAGCCCAAAUACCAUCUAUUUCUAAAGCUUUUAGUAGCCGCCGGUUGAAUGCUCCUAAACUUCGACAAGUUCGUAAGCGUAUUGAUAAUGGUCUUUGCACUCAAGAGGAAGUUGAGGAAAUUGCUAUUAACUGGUUGGAUGAAGUAUCAGAUCUUGCUAGUGAUCAUCUUGGCAAUACGGUGGUACAGAAACUCUUUGAUUACUGUUCCGAUCCUGUGAAAGAAAUGAUGUUAGAAAGAAUUGCUCCACAUCUUGCGCAAAUUGGAAUUCAUAAAAACGGUACUUGGGCUGCUCAGAAAAUUGUUGAUGUAGCCUCUACAGAUUCUCAAAUGCUUCUUAUAGCAAAGCAUCUACAGCCGUAUGUGCCUCUUCUUUUUGCAGAUCAAUUUGGCAAUUACGUGGUACAAACGUGCUUACGAUUUGGUUCGCCAAUGAACAACUUUGUAUUUGAAGCCAUUAUGAAUCAAUUUUGGGUAAUCGCUCAGAGCCGUUACGGUUCCCGUGCUAUCCGCACUUGCUUAGAAAGUCCUGAUGUUGUUGAGGAACAGCGUGUGUUAGUAGCUGCGGCAAUAACUGUGUAUUCGGUACAUUUAGCCAUGAAUGGUAACGGUACACUUUUAUUAAAUUACCUAAUAGAAAACAUGAACUAUCCUCAUGUAGCAGAACUUUUAACGCAAAGAUUCACGAAGGAUAUUGUUCGAGUUUGUACUCACCGUCUGGCCUAUAGCUCUUUGUUAAAGAUUCUUUCCAUGCCUACAGCAGGAACCAAAUGUACCGAUAUGGUUGUUGAAGUUAUUUUGGGUAAAUCGAAUGAAUUAUAUGAUACUCCCUUGGAUAAAAUCAUAAUGGACCAAAGUUAUGGUCCCUCGUUUCUUUAUAAGCUUAUGACAAUUGAAACGAUUUCACCGACAUAUAGGCAGGCUUUGCAGCAAGCUGUUUCUAGCGCACUGGAGAGGAUGGAAGAUCGAGGUUCCUCUGAAUUUAAGAAGCUCUCUGAACUUUGCCAUUGAAGUCCACCAGGUACGCUUAGGAGGUCUGGAUUUUUAUACGAAAGGAAAUGAACAAAAAAAUUUUCCUGCAAGACUUGCGUUUAAUGAUCUAGAGUUACUUCACACUAACCAAAAAAAAGGAACUUCCAUCAAAAAGCUAUGUGUUUUUGUUACCACUUUCUCUUUCUGUUAAUUUCCCCUUAUAUAUUAGUUAUGAAUUAAAAUUGUUAUGUCUUCAAAUAGAAACUUGUUUUAGUGUUGUACAAUCAUUGCUAUGUAUGGUG